AUGGAACGUCGUAACGCAUCCAUCGUGAACAUCACAUUCCCAUUGCAGUCACUAUUUCCCGAAUGGCAUCUGUACCUAUGGUUUUCUGUCAGCAUGCUCAUCGGGCUCAUUGGCGGUUUCUUAAUUCUUAUGCUUUUAACUGUUAUGUACAAGCAGAAGAAACUGACCCGCGGUUCUGGAUUACUCAUCGCUCAUGCUCAGUGUAUCGACUUCAUCAUGUGCACCAUGGAAAAUCCUCUACAGAACAGCGGUCUUCUGCUGCAGGCGCUCCACACUUCGACCGGGGUCAACUGUCCUUUUGCUCGUUUCUCACUCAUCAGCAUGCAGGCCGUGGGAAAUUGGUCGGCGGUUUUUCUAGCCCUGAACCGUUUCGUAGCCGUGGUGAUUCCCCAUCAUUAUCAGAAGGUGGCCACCCAACCUGUUCUUAUUGGGAAGAUCGUCCUCAGUUGGAGCAUCGGAUUGGCCAUCACCGUGCCGCAUUAUGUGCUGAAACUGGGCGUGGAAUUCGGUCUAUCACCCACCGGAGCGUGUGUCAUCCUCAAGAUGGAUGCUUUCUUGUUCCGCGUUAUCUCGGCGCUGGUGUUUUAUCUUCCCAUUGGGAUCGUCGGGGCGCUGUAUGUGGUAAUCUUUUUGAAAGGACUGUAUUUAAAAAGGAGAAUACUGGUGCACCCUGAAGCACGCCGUGCACCGAUGCCGGUGGUGAUGAAGAAGCGGCUGCAGGUGGCGCGAAUGCUGAUGUGGACGUUUAUUUGGUACUGCAUCUGUUAUUUCCCGGCCACAUUCCUACCCGGCUUUUUCUACCACGUCUAUAAAGAUGAUAAACGGAUAGAAUUCUGGGCUAAAACGCUGCUGUAUCUUGGAUACGCUAUGAACCCCGUGUUUUUCUUUGCUAUGAGUUCGGAGUAUCGGAAGGGAGCGGCAGGUUUGCUGCGGGGUGUUUUGCGGUCACGGCGUCACAUUCACAGCCUGCACAAAAGCCUAGAGUCGGGGCACCACAGCGAGAAACCGGGAACGGCUCCGUACAUCAGUGGAUGA